AUUAAAAAAGAAAAUACAUAACACUUCAUCAUAAACCCCAGCUCUCGUCUUCACUCACAGCUCGCGUACUCUCGUCUUCUCUCUCUUAAAAUCUCGUUCUUCACCCUCCAAUCAUGAAUUUUCACUAAUCUCAGCCAUCUCUUGGAUCACCAUGAAUCCAGCGGCGGAACGCCGCGCGAUCGCGGCGCGGAGCGGCCAAAAACAACAAAGCGCGACACAGUGCUUCAACGCGGAGCGUUUGGAGAAAGCGGAUGAAGCGGGCGCAAUUGCGGGCUUGCGAAUGAAGCGGGCGCUUUUGACAACCCUGUAUAUUGUUUGUUGUGCUUCAAAAUUUGCCAUGUCAAAAGCCUCUGGGAGAUUGGUUCCUUUGGAUAAAUAUGAAAGAGUUGGGCCAGAUUUCUUUGGCUAUUAUUCGUCUGAAGUAGUAAAUCUAUUAUCACAAGAUGAGGAUGUUUUGCCAGUUUCUACCCAAUUAUCUGAGCUACCACAUAAUAAAUGUGGUGAGGGAGGAAAGAAUCUUGUUAAUCACAGUUAUAAUUUUACCGGUCCAUUGUAUAGUGAUGGUGUUGGAGCUGGGCUAUCGGACUUCGAAAAGGACAGAUUAAAAUCACUGCUCAGACAGAGUGCAUUUACUCUUUCAUCAGAAGUUGCUGAGGUGGCGGACCCUGUUUUCGCUAUGUUCAAUUUGCAAUCUGGGAUAAGAAGCAAAACACAUUCGUUGAGUCUUACAACUAUGACGUCUGAUGAUGUACUGCAAAUUCCAUGUAAAAAGCAAAAGGUGUCUUCACAAUCUCCUUCAGCAAGGUCUGGCCUUCUUGCAGAAACUAGUGAUGCCAAUCCCCAAAGCAGUAUGGAGGUGAGGAAUGAUAUUCAGUUCCUUUUGCAGAAUGAUAGUGUGGAGGUCGAGGAGAUGAUGAAGAAAUAUUCUGAAGAACUCACUGGAACACUAGGGUAUAUGGAACAGCGACUUGAGUUGCUUCUUGAUGCAGUGAUGUCAAAGUGCAGGUCAAUGACUCUUGUUGAGAAACAAGAGCUACAGAAAUUAAUUCAGAAGCUACCUGCUGGAAAUCUUGACCGUGUGGUGGAGAUAAUCUGUCGAAGUAGGCCAAUAGAAGAACAAAAUUGUGACAAAAUAUUUGUUGAUUUGGAAAAAGAGGAUAAUGCUACACUCUGGAGACUCUAUUACUAUGUCGAAGCUGUUGAGAAAGCCAAAAGUCUUGCUGCUAGGAGUAAGGCUUAGUUUCAUAGGCAGUCAUUAAAUGCCUGGAAAAAGCUUGGACAGUAUUUCUAGUUCGUCCAAUCCGAAACCAUCAAUAGAUUUAUCUCAUCUUCCUAACUGAAAGUGUUGCAGAUUCUAAAAGUGAUGACCUGUACACUGUGAAAGCUAGAACUACCAAUACAUAUUGUGAUAGCAGAGGCUACUGAUACAAUAAAGCAUCUACCUGAUCGGCAAGGACUACACCCCCACAGAAAAACCCCUACGGAACUGUAAAUUUCGAGAAAUUAGUCUCAGUGUAUCGCCUUAAAUUGUAGGAUUAAGAUUUUAAAUCAUACAAAAGUUGUAUAAUGAACUGAUGGCAACACUCCAGUAUUUAUUUUUUUAGUUAGUUCAUAGUAGUUAGAUGUACAUUUUCUAUAUGAUGUUCUUUCUAUAACAUUUUUCUAAAAGCUUCUAAACCUCUCCAACGGUAGUUGAUUCAUUUGGCAAUGAUAUUUGUUUUUCU